UGUAUAAGUGUGACAAACGAGCACACUCAGUGUGAAAACCAUUUGAACCGUUUUUAGGGAAACAAAAAUAAAUGCAAGAAAUCUGUGAACGAAAAAGGGGGAAAAAAGAACUACAAAAUGAGUGAAACGAGAAGAAAAAAACUACAAACCCCUGUUUAUGUUCGUGGUAUGAGCCCACAAACAGCCCAGUGUGUCUAAAACAAUGUUGAAAAUCAUUCCUAAAAUAAUUAUAAUUAAUGGCAAGACGAGCAAACUCAGCGUGAAAACCGUGUGAUAUCUUUCAAAAAGGAAACUAAAAUGAAAAUCAGUUUCAAAAUGAACGGUUUAAGAAAAAAAGUAAAAAGAAAAAAACAAGAAAAGUAAGAAAAAUGAAAAAAAAAAAGUUAAAUAAGUGUAUUUAAGCGACUUAAAAAAAUAAGGAGAAUAUAUGAAAAGAGCAGCUGAGACUGAACCAAAAGCUUUCCGCAGUCUGUCCGUGAAAGAGUCGACCUCGGAGUUGAUGUUAAUCUACCACGGCCAGAUGAUCCCCCACGACGAGGGAGGGGGUUGAUCCAGCACAGGCAGUCGAUCAGCAAGUUAAGAGUAUGGGCACGCAGACGACUACGGUUACCGCGGGGUUAAUCCCCCACAGCGAGUUGAUCAGCCACGGUGAACGCGGUGCUCGCCACGGCGAAGACGUUGUCCGCCACGGCGAAGGCGGCGUCCACCACCGUGAGAUGAUCCGCGGCGGUGUCAGCCAUCGCGACCGCGGCAGUGUCAGCCACAGCGAGUUGAUCUGCCACGGCGAGGGAGGGGGUUGAUCCAGCACAGGCACGGCGAGUCGAUCAGCAAGUUAAGAGUAUGGGCACGCAGACGACUAAGGCGACGGCGGUGUCCGCCGCGGGGACGGCGGGGUUAAUCCCCCACAGCGAGUUGAUCAGCCACGGUGAACGCGGUGUUCGCCACGGCGAGGGCGGCGUCCACCACCGUGAGAUGAUCCGCGGCGGUGUCUGCCAUCGCGACCGCGGCGGUCACCGCCAUCGCGACCGCGGUGGUGUCCGCCACAGCGAGUUGAUCAGCCACGGCGAGGGAGGGGGUUCAUUCAGCACAGGCACGGCGAGUCGAUCAGCAAGUUAGAGUAUGGGCACGCAGACGACUAUGGUGACCGCGGUGUUAUUCCCCCACAGCGAGUUGAUCAGCCACGGCGAACGCAGUGUUCGCCACGGCGACCAAGUUGCCCGCCGGGGCGAGGGCGGCGUCCACCACGGCGAGAUGAUCAGCCACGGCGAGGGUGAGUCGAUCAGCAACGUUGGAGCAUGGGCCCGCAGACGACUACGUUGGAGCAUGGGCCCGCAGAUGAAUGCGAUAGAGGUAUUUUCAUUAAAGCUCUGAGUUCCGCAGACAUGAUCAUCACUCUACUUCAUCUGUUUGAAAGGAACAAUGAGGCUCCUCCUCCUCUUGACUCUCAUUCGCUUCAGCGUUGCCGUCAUCACAGCUAAGGCAGGACAGAAGAGCAUCACUCUUCCAUGUCGAAUUCCAAACUACAACCUCAUAGCUGUGAACUGGAGCAGAGCUGACCUGGGAGAACAAUAUGUGCUUUUAUACCGGGACAGGCACUUUGAGCCACGCAAGCAGCAUCCAUCUUUUAAGAACCGGGUGGAUCUGCAAGACAGGCAGAUGAAGGAUGGAGACGUGUCUUUGAUUCUGAAGGAUGUGACGACUAAUGACACUGGAACGUACGAGUGUCGUGUCUUCGUGGAAGAAACACGCUUGUGGAAAUCCAUCAGCAUCAUCAGCCUCAGUGUUGAUCCUCCAGGUCAGCCUGGAGGACACACAGACGAUGGAGGGAAGGAGGCAGGAGGGAAGGAGGCUGGAGGGAAGGAGGAUGGAGACACAGAGGAUGGAUCUGUUGGACUGAGAGUUGGUCUGCCAGUUUCUGCUGUGCUUCUUGUUGCUGCUGUUGUUGGUUUUUUGAUCUACAGAAAACAUAAACAACGACAGAGUCAGGAUUCACAUAAUCCUCCCACGGAACUCCAGCCUGAAAUUUCUGAGAGCUUUCUACAGCUGACUUCUGAAUCUCCCACUGACAAACAAAGAGACAGAAAUGACCUAAAAACAGACAGCUGUCACCAACACUCCACAAGGAUCCCCGAUGUCACUUUGACAGUUGAGGAUGAACUACUUCGUCAUCCUCGGCCUCAGCAAACAGCAGGACUGCUUCCAGAGAGGGACAUCAGAGUGUAGUAGAUAAUGUCUGACAGCAGUCUAAAGAGGAAAUGGAUUCUGUUCUGCUCUUCACUCAUUUCUUUCUUUUCCUGUUUUUGGCGGUGAUGGGUUUUUUUUAUGAUUCACAGCACUAAGACAACAAACGACACACUGUUAAUACCAACCUCCUGAUGAAGGAUGUUUGAAAUGUCUCAGAGCUGUCUCAUGUUUCUCUAAUAAAACCACCAACAAUUAACCUUAAA